AUGGCUCCCCAGAAGCGGAAACAGAGUAGUCUGCCUGCUGGCUACAAGGAGGAUAGCAUCAAGGGUAACAUGCUCAGAUUCGAAGACUCGUUACCACGACUACCUGUCCCUACACUCGAGGAGACCGCGAAACGAUACCUGAAAUCGCUACACCCACUUCUCAGCGAAUCAGAAUAUGAGCACAGCAAGAAGGCAGUAGAGUCAUUCAUCGCGCCCAACAGUAUCGGCCAGACUCUUCAGCAAAGACUACAGGCACGAAGAGAGGACCCGCAACACAGGAAUUGGAUAGCCGAGUGGUGGAACGAUGCUGCAUACCUAGCCUACCGCGAUCCCGUCUGUCCGUACGUCUCGUACUUCUACAGUCACCGCGAUGACCGGAAACGAAGAGACCCUGUCAAGCGAGCUGCUGCCAUCUCAACGGCUGUUCUGGAGUUCAAGAAGCAGGUGGAUGAUGGCAGUCUGGAGCCAGAGUACAUGAAGAAGCUACCCAUGGCCAUGAGCUCAUACCAGUACAUGUUCAAUGUUUGCCGUGUACCCGCGAAACCAGCAGAUCAUCCGAUCAAGUACCCUGCCGACCAGAACCAGCACAUCCUCGUCAUCCGCAAGAAUGCUUUCUUCAAGGUUGCUACGCACCACGGUGGCAAGCAAUUGACUACAAAGGAGCUAGAGCACCAGUUCAAGCGAAUCUACGAGACUGCCGAAAAAGCGCCUGCUGUUGGUAUCAUGACUACUGAGAACCGUGACAACUGGACCGACAUGCAGCAACGACUGAUCAAGACGAACGCUUCAAACAAGGCAGCGCUGGAAAGUAUCGAGGGCGCAUCUUUCGUGAUAUGCUUAGACGAUGCCAAGCCUGUGACUCUUCGCGAGCGAGCAGAUGCAUACUGGCAUGGCGACGGCAGCAACCGUUGGUUCGACAAGCCUCUACAAUUUAUCAUCAAUGACAAUGGUACUUCCGGCUUCAACGGCGAGCACAGCAUGAUGGAUGGCACGCCCACACACCGCCUCAACGAUACCAUCAUGUCCUGGAUCUUCAGCGAGAAGCUAGACUUCAACAAGCCCGGUCUACGCUCUGAUAUCCCCGACCCACAACCCAUCAAAUUCCAGCUCAGUGAAGAAAACCAGAUGGACAUUGCUCAAGCUACCACUCACCACAUUGGUCUGAUGAGCCAGCAUGAACUCCGCGUCGAAGCAUAUCAAGGCUAUGGCAAAGGCCUGAUCAAGAAGUUCAAGUGCUCACCGGACGCAUACGUGCAAUUGACUAUUCAGCUCGCAUACCACAAAUUCUACGGCAAGAACAGACCUACGUACGAAUCGGCCGCUACUCGCAAGUUUCAGCAGGGACGAACUGAGACGUGCCGAACAGUCAGCGACGAGAGCGUGGCUUUCUGUGAUGCCAUGGCCAACCCUUCUGCUACCAGCGAUGAGUGCCAGCAGCUGUUCCGUAAAGCGUUGAACGGUCAUGUCGAGUACAUUAGCGCUGCGUCAGAAGGCAAGGGUUGCGAUAGACAUCUCUUCGGUUUGAAGAAGCUGCUGAAGGAGGGCGAGGAAGUGCCGGAUCUGUACAAGGAUCCGGCGUACACGUACAGUAGUUCCUGGUUCAUCUCGUCUUCGCAGCUGUCGUCGGAAUUCUUCAAUGGGUACGGAUGGUCGCAGGUCAUCGAUCAGGGUUGGGGUAUCGCGUACAUGAUCAAUGAGAACAGUAUCCAAUUCAACAUUGUCAGCAAGAACUUGGGUAGCGAGCGCAUGGCGUUCUUCUUGAAUGAGGCGGCUGGCGAUAUUCGAGAUAUCAUGGUGCCGACCUUGGAGACCAAGGCGAAGUUGUAG